CCCCAGUACUGAGAAACGUUACUGGUAUACAUUCCAACGUUCGGUGCCCAUGUCAUCGUAUUUGGUGGCUUUCGUUGUGUCCGAUUUUCCAUUUGUGGAGCAUGGACCCUUCCGCAUUCUAGCUGAUCCACGUAAUAUUGACAAUACUCGAUACCUUCUAUCUGUGACCCCGAAGCUUCUAGAAAUAAUGGAAAAUAUCACUGGAGUUAACUACACACUUCCAAAAAUGGAUCAAGUCGCCCUUCCAGAAAUUUCCUCCGGUGCCAUGGAAAACUGGGGUCUUGUCACAUUCAGGUCCGAUCUGAUUGAGCCUGACGACUCGCUUGCAAAAAGACAAGGAAUUACUGCCCUCUUUGCUCACGAAUUUGCUCAUCAAUGGUUUGGUAAUUUGGUGAGUCCGCAGUGGUGGACGUACACUUGGCUCAGCGAGGGCACAGCUACUUUCUUUGAAAACGUUGUCAUAAGUAAGCUGGAGCCCAAAUGGAACAUGCUCUCCACUGCUGUAACUGAUUUCCAUCACACUGCCUUGGAGUUGGACGCCAUCCCCGAGUUCUCUCACCCUAUCACGCGAUCUGUUGAGACGCCCACGGAGAUCGCAGCAUCCUUUGAUAGUAUCACAUACUUAAAAGCGCCAAGCGGCGGCACGAGAGCUGGUGGCGUGCCCGUGUCUACACCACGCGCGGCGACGCCGACUUCAAACCGCACGGCGCCGCUGCGCGUGGCUGGCCGGGAGCCGCUCACGCUGCAGGGGCUGCCGGCCGGCGACUGGCUCGUCCUCAACGUGCAGGACGCCGCUUUCUACCGCGUGAACUAUGACGAGCGGAACUGGGAGCUGCUGCUGACGGCCAUGGCGCAGCCCGACCACGACGGCAUCCACCCGCUGAACCGCGCGCAGCUGCUGGACGACGCCGAGCAGCUGGGCGCGGCGCGGCUGCUGCCCGCCGAGGUGUCGCUGCGCGCGCUCUGGGCCCUGCGCAACGAAUCCGACCCCGGCGUGUGGCGCCCCGCGCUGCGCACCAUCCGUCGCCUGUACCUGCGCCUCGCCAACACGGACCUCCUCCCCGCUCUUCAGGAAGUGUUUGGAGACACAAUGGUGAGCUGGGCGCGUAGCAAGAGCGCUGAAGAAUUUGGGUUGCCUCAACAGACGAUGUACGAUUGGGCAUAUGCUCUUAGCGACAAUUUUACCAGAAGUGAUCGGCCUUAUUUUGCGGACGAAAACUCGACUGCUUGGUGGUGCGCCCUAGUGCGGAACUGCGACUCCAUGUGGGACGCUGUGUGGCGGAAGUACGCCAAGUUCCCGAGGUACGGCAGCAACCGCAACCGCGAGGCCCUGGCGGCGCUGGGGUGCGCGCGCGACGCGCAGCGCCUCCUGGCAGCGACGCUGAGCGACGGCGCUCGCGUCGGCGGGCCCGAGGAGAACGAGCUGGAGCGGCGGCCCCGGCUGCCGGAGCGCGUGCGGCCGGACGACCGCUUGGCAGCGCUGGCGGCGCCCUGCGGCUCCGAGGUCCGCGAGGCCGUGGGCGGCGGCGGCGCGCGCGCAUGCGAGCAGGCGAUCGAAUUCUUCGCCAGGAACUUGGAUCGGUUC